CGAAAGGUCGCAAUCAACUCAAGGACGCAUGGCCGAGACGGUGAAGCGCGAGGCUGCGCCCCGGCAGAAGCUGCGGCGCCGGUCGUCGUCCAAGCUCGUCCCGCGACGGCUCUCUUUCCCGGCGCCGACGCCGAGCCAGAAGAAGGCGCGACGGCGCGACAGCCAAGCGUUCGAGUUCGAGGCGAACACCAAGGCCGAGCCCGGACCCAAGGUCGAGCCGACGCCGCUCGCCAUCCCCAUGAGCCCGAACGUCUUUGGGCCCAUAAGUCCGCCACGCGUGGACGCUUUUCGGCUGGAUGUUAGGGACGAGCAUGCGUCGCAGUCGACCAUGUUGCAGUCGAUCGCCGAGGUGCCACAGGAUGAAAUGAGCUUUUCACAGGCAAGUCCGCGCCCACGGCGACGCACCGUCAAGACGCCAAAGGACCACAAGGCUUGUCUUCCACCUAAUAGCGGCAACGACGACGAUGAUGACGACACGGCGCAGCUGCUGGCUGAGAACCCGCCACCGGUGUGGUCGGGCGCCGAGUCGUCGUCCGACGAGCACGACGAGUACGACGAUGACGCCCCAUUGUCACAGAGCUUCAAGAACGAAGACGAUAUGCGCCGCCUCAGCCAACGGCUCCGUAGCCAGCUCGCCAGCGACGGCGACGAGACCGACGAGGCCGACCCGGCGCCGAAGCUCACCACGAGCGAGAUUCGCUCCAUGAAGACUCGGCUGACGCGCGAAGCGAAUCGGUACUUUGGGUACCGCGAGUACUCGGGGCGCAUGGAGCUUCCGUCCCAGUACGCUGUCUAUGCGUCGGCGUCGCCCUCUGCACCGGCACCGCCGCCUCGCAGCUCGUACGUGCGCGUCGGCGACACGACCAACCGCUCGCCACCCUUUUCGCCGGACGAGCUCAACUACCUCAUCGAGAUGGCUCUCGAGUACGGACCGCAGUGGGCUUACAUCCUUCAAGAGGGUCGCGCCUGCGGGCGUCUGCUACCAUGUCGCACGACCAACAAGCUACGGCACAAGUUUACGCGACUUGGGCGCAAGGGGGUUCGCAUGUCGGCGGCCGCCAAGCGCCGCGCCAAAGAGACGCCCGAGAUUCCCCGCAAGCACAAACCCUACUCGCCCGCCGAGCUCGAGUACCUGCACAUGGCCUACCAAGAGCUCGGUCACAGCUUUGCCGCCAUAUUGGACAUUGGUCAAGCGAUGGGGCUGUUGGAGGGCCGGAGCCGACCUGAUAUCACGGUCAAGAUCCACAGCACGAUCAAGAAAUUCGCGCGCUGGGACACGGCGCUCUUGGGCAAACACGCGCACCGCUCGGCGCGCGCCGACGUGCCCGUGCGGUUUGGCACGCUGCCCCCGAUGCUGUGCAACGUGCGGCUGCAAAUGAAGGUCUACAAGCUCAAGCGGUUCAUCCACGCCGAGUACAACCUCGACUUGCCGCUCUCGUACUUGCAUGUGACGCUCGACGACGACGAGUCGCUUGUGCUCGAUGACACGAUGACGAUCGACGAGUGCGUCGGUCCCAACGACAUUGAGAACGUCUGCUUCCGCGUCGCUAUUACCCCGGGCGCCGUGUGAGCCCUUGUUGCAGUAGAUAAAUAUAUAUAUAUAUAUAUAUUGACACCAGGAAGA